AUGGGUCUCUUCAACUUCUUCAAGUCCUCCUCCACCCAGCAACAGGAGCAACAACCCCAGCAAACCACCUGGGACUCAAACACCCUCGCCAUGCAGCAGCCCUCGUGCCCUGCUGCGCCCAGCACCGAAGGAGUCGUGACCGAGCAGCCUAACUCCGAACAGAACAUGAAGCUGCGCGGCGGUGGAGAAGGCGGUGAUAUUUGCUGUGGAGUUUGCGCCGGUCUUUGCUGCUUCGAAUGCUGCGAGGAGUGCUGCUAA